UUCUUUCUUUCUUUUCUUUCUUUUUUUUUUUCUUUCUUUCUUUUUUCAAUUGCUAACAUUACUUCUUUCUUUUUUCUUUUCUUUCUUUCUUUCUUUCUUUCUUUCUUUUCAAUUGGUUUUAUUCUUCCAGCUAACAUUACUUUUCUUUCUUUCUUUCUUUCUUUCUUUCUUUCUUUUCUUUUUCAAUUGGUUUUUAUUCUCUCCAGCUAACAUUACUUUUCUUUCUUUCUUUCUUUCUUUUCUUUCUUUUUCAAUUGGUUUUUUAUUCUCUCAGCUAACAUUACUUCUUUUCUUUCUUUUUUCUUUCUUUUCUUUCUUUUCUUUUUUCAAUUGGUUUUAUUCUCUCCAGCUAACAUUACUUUUUCUUUUCUUUCUUUCUUUCUUUCUUUCUUUUUCUUUCUUUUUCAAUUGGUUUUUAUUCUCUCCAGCUAACAUUACUUCUUUCUUUCUUUCUUUCUUUCUUUCUUUCUUUCUUUCUUUCUUUCUUUCUUUUUCAAUUGGUUUUUAUUCUCUCCAGCUAACAUUACUUCUUUCUUUCUUUCUUUCUUUCUUUCUUUCUUUCUUUCUUUCUUUUUCAAUUGGUUUUUAUUCUCUCCAGCUAACAUUACUUCUUUCUUUCUUUCUUUCUUUCUUUCUUUCUUUCUUUCUUUCUUUCUUUCUUUUUCAAUUGCUAACAUUACUUCUUUUCUUUCUUUCUUUUUCUUUCUUUCUUUCUUUCUUUCUUUCUUUUUCAAUUGGUUUUUAUUCUCUCCAGCUAACAUUACUUCUUUCUUUUCUUUCUUUUUCUUUCUUUCUUUUUUUCUUUUUUUUCUUUUUCAAUUGGUUUUUAUUCUCUCCAGCUAACAUUCUUUUUCUUUUCUUUCUUUCUUUUCUUUUCUUUCUUUCUUUCUUUCUUUUUCAAUUGUCUUCUCUUUUCACUUCCUACAUUUUUCUCUUUCUUUCUUUCUUUUUCUUUCUUUCUUUUUGUUUUUAUCUGUUUUUUUUUCUUUAUUUCUUUAUAAUUUCUGACCAUUUUUUUCUAUUACUUUUUUGUUGCUUUCUUUCUCUAUUUCAUUCAUUUUUGUAUUGUCUUCAUUUUCUUUCUAUCUUUCUAUCUUUCAUUCACUUUCUUUCAUUUUCUUACAUUUGCUUACAUUUUUAUUUCUACUUUCUUUCAUUCUGGCCCUUUUCUUUUUCUUUCUUUCUUUCUUCCUUCUUUUCUUUCUUUCUUUCUUUCUUAUGUAGUAUCUUCACUUUAGAAUACAUAUUCUUUACCCCUCCUUCCUUGUCUCUUAAUUCUUUCUAUCUACUUCGCUAUCGAUCUUUCCUUCAAGAGUUUCAUAUUUGUUCAUUUCCGCCGUUCUUUCAAUGUUUGUGUCUUUCAAUUUCAUUCUGCCUGCAAAUGUCUCUUUUUUAUGCUUUUCUUGUUAAAAGUAAUAAUAAUAAUGUAUGA